AUGCCGCCCCCUCCUCGCAACCCGAAGGACUCGAUGAAGUCCACAUGGCGUUCGUGGGACCACACCAAGUGGAAUGGAGGCCACUGGUUCCUCGACAUCCUCAAUGUGCACCACGUGGAUCUCGACAAAAGUGUCCCAGUCCAUCCAAAGACCGACAAAGUGCCUCAUGCAAAGGAAUGGCACUUUCAUCGUUACGUGAUCAUCUACGCCGGUAUCCCGCUGCUCCUCCACCAGCUCUACGUCCAGUACACCGGUUCCAACCUCCCCCCAUGGCUAGCCUUUUGGUUCUACAGCAUGGCCCUGCAAGCCAUUGCGAUCCACGAAGUCCACAUCCUCCGCCGUCUGGGCCACCGCUACGGGUUCUUCGACGGCGACAAGCACCCCCGGGACGGUGUACCGGACGUUGGGGUAGGGACGACAGUGCAGUCCCUCUUGAGCGUGGUCAUCCUCCGUCCGCUAUUCACCGUCUUCUUCGCCUACCGCCCAGAUGAAGCGCCAUCAUCCAUCCGAUGGGGGUGGCUCGUCUUUGAAACCGGCGUGUAUGCCCUGGUGCUGGACUUUUGGUACUACCUGUUCCACCGGUCCGUGCACGAGUCCGAUCGCCUGUGGCAGUUCCAUCGCACCCACCACCUGACCAAACAUCCGAACCCGCUUCUGACCGCAUACGCGGACCGCGUGCAGGAGUUUUUCGACAUUGUCGGGGUUCCCAUGAUGACGUACGGCACUAUGAAGCUGCUUGGAUUCCCGCUGGGAUUCUAUGAGUGGUGGGUGUGCCAGGAGUAUGUCGUCUUUACGGAGAUCCUGGGCCACAGUGGUCUGCGCAUUGCAGUCACCGCAGUGAACCCGUGGACAUGGCUGUUGAAACUCUUUGGCAUGGAAUUGAUGCUCGAGGAUCACGAUCUUCACCAUCGUAAGGGCUGGAAGUCGAGUUAUAACUAUGGGAAGCAGACCCGCGUUUGGGAUCGUCUGUUCGGCACAUGCCUGCCUCGUCUGGAGGCACGCGCGGAUAAUAUCGACUAUGUCAAUACCGCUGAGCUGCCGCUGAUCUGA